UAUUUUUAUUUCCGCGUUGUGGGCAACCCAAGGCUUCUGACGUGUCAAGCUGCUGUGUUGUCAAACAGCAAACCUGAUUCGUGUCUAGCUGUUCACAAAAUGUGUCUAGAUAGAGUGAGGCAUUAGCAGCAGGAUUGGACCAACAAAAUAUAAACACAGAAAAUAUUCCAAGAAUGGAUGCGCCUAUCGGCUGGUCAGAUGACGUUUGUCCAGAGAGAAGACUCGUCGUGUUGGGACGGACAGGGUCAGGGAAAAGCACAACGUGUAACAACAUCCUAGGUCGGGAUGAAUUCAAGUCCGACGCAUGUGGUCAGUCUGUCACCGACAAAUGCCAAAGGGCCAUCUGUCAGAGGUUUGGACGAAACGUUCAUAUCAUUGACACUCCUGGACUGUUUGAUACAGGCAUGUCCAAUGCCGACAUCACCAGAGAGGUGGUGAAAUGUAUUGGAAUGACGGCACCUGGACCACAUGCUUUUAUCAUGGUUGUCAGGAUUGAUAGAUUCACGAAAGAGGAACAAGAUACCGUAGAACACUUCAAGAACGUCUUUGGGGAGGGAAUGAUGAAGUACCUUAUGGUUCUGUUCACUAGAAAGGAUGACUUGGAUUAUAGCGGCAAGACUAUUGAGAAAUACCUGGAAAACGUACCACAAAUGCUACGAGAUCUUCUGAAGUCUUGUGGCAAUAGAUACAUUGCCUUUAAUAACAGGGCAUCUCCAGAGGAGAGGGGCGGGACGGUUCAAAGGUUUCUGGACAUGGUGGACAGGAUCCAUUCUAACAACUCUGGUGAGGUCUAUACAAGCGACAUGUACAAAGAAGCUGAGAAGGUGAUGCUGAGGAGGGAGGAACAGCUCAGACAGGUACACGAGGCUGAAGUCAAUAAGGAAAAGAAGAAGAUACAAGAGGAAUAUCAGGCCAAAAUGACAGCAAUGGAAGAGGCUCAGACAGAGAAGAUCACCCAACUUGUACAACAGUUGAGCAUGAAAGAACAGCAAAAGGAGCAACAGUUAGAAAUUGAGAAAAUGAAACUGGAAAUAGAGAAAGAAAGACUGCAAAUGGAAAGUGAUCUUCAGAAGGAACGACAGCGUCUAGAGGUAGAAGUCGAACGGAGGAAGAUGCUGUGUGGGGGUAAUCCUCCAAAUUAUAGAGAAACGGCUCGGAAAGAAGUCAACAAUGAAACAGAGAUGAUGAUGAAUCUUUUCAAUGUUGUUGUGAAGCUGGUUGGACCGCAGUUACUUGCAUUAGCUAUGGGUAAGAUGGAAGAACACUUUUUCAGUACGCCGUCUGACGCCGCCUUGACAAAUGAAACACCUAAAGUUGAGUCACCCGAGGACAAGUCACAGGUUAAAGGUGAAACCAACAGAAAGGAUGAAGCAAAAUAAAUUAAAUCUUUAUUCAAUUAUGAAAUUUGUGGAGACAAAUUAAGAUUUUUAUAUUAAUUGUCAACCUGGUGACUGUGCUGAUGGUAACGACAUAGUUCGCACUUUGUGCACAAUCAUAAUAACGGAUGUUGACCGUAAUAGUGCAUUUAGGAGUCAAUGGGAUUCACAUCCGUUGACCUUUCUGACUUUCUUAGUCCGGGAGAUGGGAGCUCAGUGUCAACAUAAACAUCUUGAUCUGAUUCUGAUUUCUGAUAAAAAAUAAAUAAAUAUUGUUUUAAAUAUAUUUAUAAGUUUCGUGUAUGGAAGUGACGGAAAUAUUUAAAGGCCAAUUAAAGACUCAUUAAUUAAAAGACGACUUAGUAUAUAUAGAGAUAAAUUAUCCGUUUAGUUUUAAAACAUUUAUGUUAUUGACAAAUGCUGGAAUAUUAAACAUAUUUGGUAAUUCAGCAGAUACCGUAAAAAAAAUAUAAUGGUGUUUUUAUCUUCGAUACAUUUAAACAAAAUUUAGGCACUCUUUUAUUGGGAGGAAGAGGGAAAUUACAGUAUCUGUUCGUUUGUAUUCCUAGUUCUAAAUAAACACAACUUAAGCAAGUUAAAAUAGACCAUUGGGCAGCAUAAGGGUUCUGUAUUAAAAUAUAACUUAAAAAGCUGACAUGUUCUCAAUUUGAUCAUCGAAUGGACGUUUUCAUACCAAGCGUUGUAAUCCGUUUUCUUGAGGCGUUUAUACUGAUUUAAAAUCCGCCCUGCUUUUCAUUGCCGGUAAGAAUAUCCAUAAUGCCCAAAUUGGCUUACACUUUUAAAACUUUAUAUUCCCAUGAUUUAUUGCACCGUGGAUUGGGUGGAUUUUAGCUGUGAGUCUUAUAUGCGACAACGUCUCGAGUCUGUACAGGAGGCGUGCUGUCAACAGGUGUGAUCAGCGCAGCCUGUGGCCAGGGAAUGAAUGUUUAUAAACAAAUACUUGCGAUGAUGAAGCUAUGUGGCCGCCAAUGGCAUCGAUUAGUGUUGGAAAGUGAUAUUUUAUGGUAUUGACUUGAUACUGAAAACAGAAUGGGAAUAACCCGAGAGCAGAAUUUCCCAAACCUAAGCCAACCAUGUGUCUCCGUUAAAAGGAGCCUCCGUUUAUUGGCGUUAACAUCAUUGUUUGAUAAGUUGAAUUUUGUCUUUUUAUUCUAUAAUUGAACAAUAAAAAAUGUAUGUGAGGUCA